AUGAACAGCAUCGCGGAUGCAAUCCCUACGCACGCCUGUCACAGAUCAGACACGCUGUGUUUCAGAUGCAGAGUUAAGAGAAGAACGCUCUUCAACACGAUGCUAAACGAUUAUCUCUCUUCUUUGGCAGCAAAUGCGAUCAAAACACUCGAAAAUUACAAUUUAAUACUCAGCACUCGCAAAGAUUUUCUGACAAAGAAUUUAACAAACGUGCAAAUCCUUGAAAUUCAAGACAUAAACAACAGCUUUCCCUGCCUGGUACACGCUACAGACGAGCACCUGAUAUCGUGUGCAGAAAAGGACAGCAUCGUUUUCUUCCUGACGGUGUGCAAUUUAAACCUACGAGGUGUUUCGCUGCACUGGUAUUUCAUGAGGAUGACAAACGAUCUAUGGUCGAUGGAACGGAACACACUCAAGGACUUGUUUAUCGAGGGCGACAUGUUUAUCCUUACCGAGCUGGCCACGUUCUUCAGGCGUGUCCGUUUCAACAAGAUAUACUGCAAGGGCGCCGUGAGCAAGCAGCUAGGCAUGCUGCUGUUGCAGCAAGCAAAGGCAGCUCCGAAGAAAGGAAAGCACCGCAUCAACAAUCUGCUCAUAUUCGACCGCACGGUGGACCUGCUCACGCCAACCAACACAAAAAUAGAUAAUUGCAUCACAGAGAAGCAGAUGAUCAGCAUUCUGCUCACCAAAAACGACAAGAUCAACAAGCUGAACACGCUGCUCAACUUCUACCUCCUGACAUCGCUGCUGAAAAUUGAGAUGCCCAUGAUCAAGAGGGAGAUGGUGUACACGUUUGGUGAAAAAAUUGUUAUAAUCUUCGAUAUGAUUGAUAGGAUGGUGAGCAUCAACCAGGACGGACACAUUUAUAUACCUGAUUUGUGUAAGGCUGCGGUGAACAGGGACAGGCAGUUUUACUGCUUUGAUGUGGAUGAGGGCACCGAUGGAGAUGGCGAGAACGUGGUGCUGUUCAUGGGCGGUGCAUGCCAGAAAGAAGUUGACGAUCUGAAGGGCUUUACGGUGCUGACAACGAAGCUCAUCAACGAUGAUUUGGUGAAGGAGCUGAUAUAG